AUGAUGAAGGGCUCCAUUACUUCUUUUGUCCUCGCCACUCUCGCGGGUACCGCCCUGGCAGGCCCGACUCGGGUAUCAAAGUCCGAGGCCGUUGUCGGACCGGCGGAUCUCCAAGCUUACAAUGCCCCCAAUGCCGUAUCCAUGGAGGAGAGCAAGCGGAUGAAGCUUGAUCAACAAGCACGCGACGAGCAAGCCGGAGCCUUUGCCAAGGACCGCUACAUUCUACAGCCUGCUACUGCUUGUAAGGAUGGAAAGGCGGGCGAGUAUUCAUGCAACAAGCUCGAUCUCAAGGGUUUUCUCCGUCACCAGGACAUGCAAAGCCGCUCGCGCAGAGGCAACGACGUCUGGGGCUGGACGUCGCCUGACGGACGCGAGUUUGCCCUCGUCGGACAGGCCGACGGCACCGCAUUUGUCGAAGUGCUCUCUGAUGGCAGCCUGCAAUAUUUCGGCCGAUUGAACACGCAGACGGAGGCUUCAAUCUGGCGAGAUAUCAAAGUCAUUGGCAACCACGCGUACAUUGGCUCCGAAGCCCCCGACCACGGGCUGCAAAUCUUCGACCUCACCAAGCUGCUCAAGGUAGACCCCAAGAACCCGCCAAGCUUCAGCACUAGCAGCGAUCUGGCGGCUCUCUUCAGCGGCUUUGGCAGCAGUCAUAACAUCGUCGCCAACGAAGAAACGAAGACCAUCUUCGCUGUCGGCACCGCCCGCAACGAAAAGUGUCGGGGGGGCUUAUGGAUGGUUGACGUGUCAAAUCCCCGCCAUCCCCAGGACAACGGCUGUGUUUCCCAGGACGGCUACGUCCACGACGCACAGUGUGUCAUUUAUCGGGGUCCGCAGCGAGAUUUUCAGGGACGCGAGAUCUGUCACUGCUUCAACGAGGAUUCGCUGACAAUCGUCGACAUCACCAACCGGCCAUCGCCGCGGCAGCUGUCUCGCACGACAUACAAGGGCGCGAGUUACACUCAUCAGGGCUGGCUUGCCACGAGCGACCAGCGCUAUUUGCUCCUCGAUGAUGAGCAGGACGAGUUGAAGUCUGCGGGCAUGGCGAGCGAUGGCCACACAACUACGUACAUUGUCGACGUGUCCGACCUUACCAAGCCAGUCUUCACGGGCAUCUACAAAAGCCCGGUCAAAUCCAUCGAUCACAACCAGUACGUACUUGACGGCCUCUCGUACCAGAGCAACUACGGCUCGGGCCUGCGGAUGGUCAACGUUUCCACCAUUGUCGAGGAUGACACCGGCUCUCUUUUCAAAGAGGUUGGUUUCUUCGAUGUCUACCCAAAUGACGACGCGGAGGGCGGUACUGUUACAUUUAAUGGAGCAUGGUCCGUUUAUCCGUACUUCAAGAGUGGCUACGUGCUCGUCAAUAGCAUCGAGCGCGGCAUCUUUUCCUUAAAAUUUACCGGCUAG